AUGUACUUUGACUUGAAUGUGCCUGUACCAGUACCGGCGUCUAUAGCCUCGUCUUCUGGCCAGGCUUCGAAAAAGGGCAAAGGAAAGCAGCAACAAAAUGCCGGCCCAGCGCCCGUCGUAGCCUUCUCGCCCGCGCAAAUCACGGCAAUCGAGGCUCGCGUCGACUUGCUCGUACAUUUAGGAUACACCGUUCUGGCUUUCACCCAGACCGCACACUCCAAAGUCGAUCCUCGGACGCACAUCAAUCACCUCGACCCCUUGCUCUCCGCUCUCCGGAGGCGCGAAGGCAUUGUCUACCUCAAGCGCCUAACAAUCAUCCUCGACGGGGAAUCUGAGAAGGGGUUCGGCCUGACGAAUACGAACGCGCCAUUAUUCGCUCCAUACGACCUGAUCGCGCUCAGUCCCUUGACGGAUGGAGCGUGGCAGUACGCUGUUCAAACACAUACGCAACCUUCGAACUUGACGGCACAUAUUCUGUCUAUACCUCUGACAUCCUCUCGACUACCUUAUCGCCUCAAACACACGGCUGUACGCACCGCACUCCGGAAUGGAGCUGUUUUCGAGAUCUCGUAUGCCGGCGCUUUGGGGACGGACGAGGAGGGAAAUAGUGGGGGCGCAAGUACACGGAGGAAUUGGUGGGCGUGUGCGAGGGAAGUUGCGAGAGCCACGAAGGGUAGGGGGUUGAUCGUGAGCAGCGGAGCGUACGGGGAGGCAGAGUUGAGGGCGCCUAGAGACGUUGGAAACCUGCUCACAUUCUUGGAGCUCAAGCAAGAUCAAACGCACGACGCUUCUACUACGACACCCAAGUCGCUCGUACUUCGUGCACAGACGCGAAAGACGUAUAGGGCUGUCCUGUCGGAGCCUCAGGUAGUCAUCCCGGAAGGGUACACCCAGGUCGAGUCACCUGCGCCCGCACCUGUAACACCGGCAUCUACGACGCCUGCAUCAGUACCGCCUGAGAUCCCUGCUCCCAAGGCGGAUCAGGCUAACGGAAAGAAGCGCCCUCGAGAGGAAGUCGCUUCGGGCGCUAGCACACCCACUCAAGGCACACAACAAGAAGGCGGGGCGUCCAAGAAGAAAAAGAAAAAGAAUAAAGGUGGCCCGUAG